AGCUUCGACCAAGCACCCCCGGUCAAUUCCGCUUUGGGGCCACCCCUUACUCUACCAUUAUUAUAGGAGUAUGGGGUUCGAGACAAAGAAAGAUCAAGGCAGCAUAUCAGUUUUUCCUUUAUACUUUACUUGGAUCUCUUUUUAUGCUAUUAGCUAUUCUGUUGACUCUUUUCCAAACAGGAACCACCGAUUUACAAAUAUCAUUAACCACAGAAUUUAGUGAGCGGUGCCAAAUCUUUCUAUGGAUUGCUUCUUUCGCCUCUUUCGCCGUCAAAGUGCCUAUGGUACCAGUUCAUAUUUGGUUACCCGAAGCUCAUGUAGAGGCACCUACGGCAGAAUCCGUCAUCUUGGCAGGAAUUCCUUUAAAAUUUGGAACCCACGGGGUUUUAAGAUUUUCAAUACCCAUGUUUCCCGAAGCGACACUUUGUUCUACUCCUUUCAUUUAUACUUUAAGCGCGAUUGCUAUAAUAUAUACUUCCUUGACCACUUCAAGACAGAUCGAUCUAAAGAAGAUCAUUGCUUACUCCUCAGUAGCCCAUAUGAAUCUGGUGACUAUUGGUAUGUUUAGUCCGAACAUACAGGGAAUUGGAGGUAGUAUUCUACCGAUGUUAAGUCAUGGACUGGUUCCUUUAGCCCUUUUUCUAUGUGUUGGUGUUCUAUAUGACCGACAUAAGACUCGACUUGUUAGAUAUUACGGAGGUUUAGUGAGCACCAUGCCGAAUCUCUCUACCAUUUUCUUUUCUUUUACUUUGGCCGAUAUGAGUUCACCUGGUAAUCUUAAUCCAAGACGUUUAGGAACUAUUCAAAGACCACCACAAUCAAGGAGAGAUGAUUUCACCAUUGAGAUAGAGUCAAGGGUUACUCCAGUGUCUAGAGCGGCCAAUCGCUUAGCUCGCGUAAAGCUGACGAAGUUGAAAAAGAAGGUAGAGGAUUUAAUAGACAAAGGGUUCAUCUGACCAAGUAGUUCUCCA